AUGCUUGUUUGCCAUGAAUUACCUUUGUAUCAAGAUCCAGAAAGGGAGGGUCCUUCUUUUGUUAGAAGGGUGCAAAUGAUAGGGAGACAGAGGGAGACAGAGGAGACUGUAAAUUUUUUGACGUCGCUGAACUUGUAUCCUGAUAUUCCUGUGUCAGUUGUUCCUGUGACAGUUGUUCCUAUUCUUGGAAUGCCUGGUACUGGUAAAACUUCUUUUGUGAACCGUAUCUUUUACAAUCUUACAAUACGUGAAAUAUUUCAGCACAGAAAAUGGGUAGGUAUUUCUGGACUCGAUAGUGGCGCAGAGAUAUUAGACAAAGUUUUCGCAGAGAAAAUGAACAUGGAUAGAUACUUGGUUGUGUUGGAAGUUUUGUCAAACGAGGAUCAUAUUCAUGGGGAAUGGGUUGAUUUGCUAGAGGACUUUUUAACGAACUUUCAAAGUAAACCUGGAAGCAUUAUAAUAGUUAUCUCCAGGUCUUUUUCUUUUCUUUUUAAUGGCCGUUCAAAAAAAAACAUAAUCACCUCCUGGUCUACAUCUAAAGAUAGGCCUUAUCAUUUGGGGCCGCUCCUCGCUGACGACUCUCUAGCUUUGUUUCAGAGCAUAGCAUUCAGAGGAAUAUCGGAAGAGGAUAGAAAAACUCAUCUGUCUAUUGCUCUUGAAAUUUCAAAUAUAUGUUCCGGUAAUCCUCGCGUUAUAAGCAUUGUGGCUUCCAUUCUUUCUUGUCAACCUCCUACAAAAUGGCAGUAUAUCAAUAAAAUCUUGCUCGACCUACAAGAUCCUGUACAAUGUAUUCUUUCAGUAGUAGAUUUGAUGCAACAAGAACACCCAGUUUUGAAUUACUAUUCGUUGUUUCCACUUGAUCAUGAAUUUAGCAAGGCAGAGUUUAACCAGCAUUUGGGGGCUCAAGAGCAGUCAAUUUUUCCAGAGUCAUAUGCAUCAAAGGAAACAUUUGAAAGUUAUUUUAAGAAGCUUCGUAGUAGUGGUUAUAUCAUUGAAUGUCCCAGAACAGAGAAAAACGUUGUCUUAGUCUAUUACAAGGCCCAAGUUCUACUUGAGGAGGUAGUGAAGCAGCUAGCAAGGCAUGAAUACCGUUUACUAGAGAAGCCGACUGUGGAAGUCAAUCAUCUCAUAAUCAAACAUGUGAGCUUUAUUGUGGACUAUUCUUGGGAAGCUCCACUCUGGAUUCGUGAUGCGAAACAAUUGAAGUCACUCCUUUUCUUUCCUAGUAAAUCAUGCCAGAGAAUCGUUAUACCUGACUUACAUUUAAUACUGCAAAAUCUUGAGGGCUUGCUAGCUUUGGAUCUAGCUAUAGUGAAUUGUACAAGUUGUUUGAGUUCCAUUGGGGAGCUAAAAUUCUUGAGGUAUCUCAGACUUGGGAUCUCCUCUGAAACUCUUCCCGAGUGCAUCACAAACCUCGUGUUCUUGCGAACUUUGGACCUUCGUUGUUCUAAGGUCAGAGAGUUGCCAUUAAGCUUUCAUAAAUUGUACCGUUUGAGGCACAUGUAUAUUGGAGGUUCAUUGAUUGAUCUUCCCCCGAAGUUUGGAGAAUUAACUGAACUCCAAACUUUAGAUGUCUUCAUAGUAGGACCAAAUAACGGGUUAGAUGCACUACACUCCUUCACUCAUCUCACUGGGAAGCUGAUUAUUAGGUAUCAGAAAGGUCGCGAGGAGCAUGUAUUACCAAAGGCCAAAACAUUUUUGAAGGACAAGAAGCUUCAUGAGCUCUCAUUAGAAUGGUCAUCUUCACAUAACGCAGACGGAGUAGCUGAGGAUGAUGACAAGGAGGAUACCAUGGAGUUAGAACUGUUGCAGCCCCCUUUCACUCUCAAAAGCCUAUCGAUUAAUGGUUGGAAGGGAGAGAAGUUUCCACAGUGGGCAAGGGAUCAUUUCUCUUCUUUCCUCAAUGACCUUGUUUCCGUACAUAUAGCUAACUGCAGUCGAUGCACACAUCUACCGUCCUUCAGUAAGCUUGGUAGUCUUAAGCUUCUUGAGCUUUGGGGGCUUAAUUCCUUGGAGUGGAUUGAGAGUUGUAAUGAUGAUAGUAUGAUUUCAUCUGAAACAACUUAUUUUCCGUCCUUAGAACAUCUGACUUUGGUUAAUUUGCCACAACUAAAGCGAUGGUCAAGGGUGGAGGAACAUGAUGCUGAAUGUAGUUCAUGGUCUCUCCCUAGCCUUUUGAAUCUCAGAGUAAGCGGCUGCGCCGAAUUGAUGUCAAUGCCUUGUAUGACAAGCCUUCAGUCACUCGACGCAAGUAACAUCCAUCAGAAUCUGCUACAUGAUCUUCUCAGCUUCCACGGAUCACCAGCAAUUCCAAAACUCGAGAGUCUCCGCUCUUUGAAAUUAUCAAACCUCUCAGAGACAGGACCCCUUUCUAAGGGCUUCGAGUGCCUAACAAAACUUACGGAACUUUCUCUCUGCUGGCUUUAUAAUUUGAGAAGUUUGCCAGAGUCGAUGCAGCACCUCAUACAUCUUCGUAAGCUUGUCCUCCGAUAUUUGCCAAAUAUAGCGAGUCUCUCUGAAUCACUAGCUGGUCUCUCCGAAUUAGAAAAUGUUGAGAUACAAUAUUGUCCCAGAUUGAAACAAGUACCAAUAUACUUUUCUGAUCUCAAGUUGUUAAAGCGACUCCAAAUCAAGGAAUGCGUGAUUCUGGAGAAAAGAUGUCAGCAACCUGAUGGUGAAGAUUGGACUCGUAUUAAGCACAUCUCCGAUAUUAUUUUGGGGUGA